UUUGUGUUAGCCGAAGGGCGCAUUGUUCUUGACGGCGACUUGCAACACAUCUUCCAUUACUGGACUUAUUUUUUUAUCAAUACUGCAGCAAAGGUUGUGAAGUAAACAUAAAUUUGAAUCGCUUCUAAAUGUAUCUCCUUUAAUUUAUCUCACUGGACCAUGCUACAUUAGCUGACACCGCUAACAAUAGACCGUGGCUAGCACCAACAAUGGCACUGUAAAGUAGCAGGUGCGACCCAGUGAAAAAACACAGGCUCCACUCCCGAAGGGGUUUUUACUGAUAUGGAAUUACAGAUUAUCUUCCCAGGACCAAGGGCCACGAUUCUGAAAAAUAAAGUUUGAGAAAAGACAACACUGAUCCCAGAUCAGAGCAUUUCAGCUCUCCACCCAUUAACAUAGUCACAGUGACGUCAACUUUCGAAGAACAGGACGAACAAGAGCAGUGGGGCUAGGCAGGUAAAGGUGAUCUAUUCAGCCGCGCCUUUUUAAGGAAGCUUAUCGAAGUUUUGUUGACAACCCAAGUUUCUCCAUUUUAGCGUUCUAUCCAACAGAAAAAAAAGAUGGUGAAACAAAAGCAGGAGACAGCAAACCAGCCCGACAACACCGCCUUCACUCAGCAGAGGCUUCCGGCAUGGCAGCCAAUCAUCUCUGCUGGCAUUGUCAUCCCAGGGUUUCUCAUCAUAGGUCUGGCCUUUAUUGGCAUUGGUGUAGCGCUCUUUGUCACUUCGCAGAGCAUCCAAGUGUUGGAGAUGGACUACACUGGGGUAGACAAAACAUCACCAUGCAAUAGGUGCACUGAUCCAAAUGUGAAGAGCUGUUUGUGCCAAAUGGACUUCUCCAUUGACACUCUGUUUAAGGGGCCCGUGUUCUUUUAUUAUGGGUUGUCCAACUACUACCAGAACUUCAGAAAGUAUGGUGUGUCUAUAGAUUAUAACCAGCUGUUUGGAGACCUGUCAUACUUUACUUCUCCUAGUGAGAAGUGUUCACCGUAUCAGUAUGACAAUAACAACAAUCCAAUUGUACCAUGUGGAGCAAUGGCAAACAGCAUGUUCAGUGACACCUUCAAGCUGUUUCAGAUCGUCAAUGGAACAAACAAGGAAGUGCCCUUGGAUGGAAAAGGAAUUGCUUGGUGGACAGACUCCAACAUAAAAUACAGAAACCCCUCUGUCACACCUCUGCAGAUGGCCUUCAACAACACUGUGAAACCGUUACUUUGGGCAAAUCCUGCUUAUCAGUUGGAUCCCGCAGAUGCUAACAACAAUGGUUUCAUCAACCAAGAUUUCCUGGUGUGGAUGAGGAGGGCAGCCCUGCCAAAUUUCAGAAAGCUGUAUCGACGAAUCACUAGCGGGGAUUAUACACAGGGUCUGCCAGCUGGAAACUACACCCUUCAAAUUGCCUACAACUAUCCUGUUCUGAGCUUUGGGGGCAGAAAGACAGUGGUAUUCAGCAAUGUGUCCUGGAUGGGUGGCAAGAAUGAUUUUCUGGGCAUCGCUUAUCUUGUGAUUGGUUCAAUGUGUAUCAUCAUGUCCAUAGUUAUGCUCAUCGUCUAUGCUAAAUUCAGAUUCUCCGAGGAGGAAUAAUCACCUGUCCAUGAAUUGUAGCUGGAGUUUACCUACUUUAUUAACAAUGUUUUUCCUCAGUGAGAUGAUGAAAGCACAAAUCAGCUAUCACAUGAAGGUGGGGGGGUGGGGUGGGGUGGGGGGCUCUCCUGUGACUUUCGCUGCCUUUUUCCUGUCUGUUAUCACUUUGUGAAACAGGGCUUGAUACUGAGUUUUCCCACUGACUGCAAAAUAGGAACUGUCUUUCUGGACACUGGAUAUUUCUAAUCUUUGUACAUGUGGUUUAUCUGUAAGAACAUCUAUGAAAUUAGGCCCUUGCUCUUCUGAGUGCUGCACUGCAGUCAGCCAUUCACUGCCAGCAGAACAGCUGUAAAAGUAUUGUCUCCAGCAUCUCAUAUUCAGUAGGGAAAUGUCACUGUUCACAAGCCAAGUCCAAAGCCAUAUAAUGUUAAGUAUAUGGUACUGUAGAUUUCUGCUUUCUUAUUUCUACCAAGAUAAAGCAUCCACUAUCUAAUCCCGAGAGAUUCGGGUAGUACUAGAGUGAAGGCUGAAAAUUGUAUGAUGAAAAGAGACAUACUGUACAUUUGGUCCUUUGUAAAUUAUGAAAUGAGCAUUUCCAGUGAAGUAGCUUAGUUUAUGCAGCUUUGUCAUCUUUCCAGUACCUGGGAAUGAGUAUUGUAGGGUCUUUUCCUCAGGCUUAACAAUGACUAGUACUGUAUUUCUUAAACUUAUCUCCAUUUUCAGUCAGUGCAAUGUUUAAUGUUACUUAAUUCUGUAAAAUUACUACUGUAAAAUUAUAUGUGUGUAUGUAUGUGUAUAUAUAUAUAUAUAAUUUGGGAAUAUGGUGUAGAGGCAAUCCGAUCAUGUUGUUUUCUGUAUGCAGUUCAUUCUUUAGAACUCAUAUUGUAUUUCAUGU